CGGAGGGGUUCGGUUGUCACACGGAAGGGGAGGAAAACAGGGUCCUCGAGCGGGGAUGCGAAGCGCCGGGAACAAGGUGGCCCAAGAAACAAUUUGGGAACGAUGUCGCUGGAUUUUGACAGUGCAGCUUUACAGAUGCAACAUGAAGAGGACGAAUAUGACCAAGAGGAUUAUGCUAGGGAGCAAGAGCUACAACAGCUGUUGAUAGACCUUCCUCAUGACAUGCUAGAAGACAGCGGGGAUCAGCUUUCUGACUACAGUGCACCUGAAGAACAUGAGCAAGCGCAUGAGCCCUGGGAUCAGGAUGCCGCCCAAUGGAAUGAUCGCCCAAUUGCAACAAACCCAUCAAGUGAUUAUGGGCAGGACCAGAAUAUGUUUGUCGACCGCUUUGCGUACGACCAAGGACACGCCCCAAGUAAAAUGUGUGCAAGUGACUGGCCUGCCCAUCAUAACGAGGCUGAAGAUAAAAGCAUGUUUGAGAUCUCUGGCAGGGCCAGUGAAAAUGGAUCUGAAGAUGUCUAUCUUGGAGAUGAUUUCAAAGCACCCAGCCAUUACCCACAAAACGGGGUGUUUACUCUGCCGUCCAAUUUUCGAGCCUUCACAAAUGGCCCCCAGCAAGACUUCAGUAACCAGCAUGGCAUUGUAACAAACUUCGUUGAUCCUCCGCAGGAACCCUUAAAGUAUGGUGGUUCAGAAACCAACAGCCAAUCUUUGGAGCCUUACAAAGUUGUGUAUAAACCCUACCAGAAGAAUGUUCAAAAAGCAGCCCCUAUUUCAUCAGAGGCAGAAGCAUUUGAAGAAAUGCAACAAGAAUUUCUGGGUACUGGUGAAAGUUCUUCAGACAACAUGCAGAUUCUUCAGCUGCAGGUUCUGAAUAAAGCAAAAGAAAGAACUUUAGGAGAACUUAAUAACCAGCUGGAAGAAAGAGCACAGCAGAUUAGGUACCUGUCCCAUCAGCUUGCAAUUAUGAAAGAUGAAAAGGAUGGCAUGUAUCUUAGCCUCCAAGAAAGUCAGAAACUCUACCAAAAUAGCAAGGAAAGGGAAGUUCAACUUGAAGGCCAAAUAAAAGCUUUCGAAAGCCAAAUCCAGACUCUGACAGCUAACGAGGAGCAGCUGAUCAAACAAUCCAAAGUUGCAGAAGUUGCCAUGGAAAGUAUGCAGCAGCAGCUCUUGGAACUUCGCCGUGGUGAUGCUCUUCAGCGCGCGAGGGAGCAACACGAGGCCAUCGUUGCCGCACUCAAGCAGAAACUGGAAGAGCAGACUUCAUCUCUGCAACAGAAACUUGAUGUGAAGAAUGCAUCCCUCCAGGAGCAGAUAGAAAUUUGUUGCCAUCUAAAGGAGCACGUGAAACAGCUUGAAAGAACUCUUGAAGGAAGUAAAUUAGAAAAAAACGAAAUAAUAAAUCGUCUUUCAAGAAGUCUAGAAGAAAGCCAAAACCAGUGUGCAAAUUUAUUACAAACAGGCUUAGUAACGGAGACAAAUCAAUUACGUCUGCAACUUCAACAAGCUCACUCUGCACAGUUAUUAGGCAGUGAAAUGAAUAAAGCUCUUCAGGAAGAGAUAAAAGAACUAAAAGAAGAAAUUGUUCUAUAUGAAUCAGCCGCAAAACAUGGUGUGUUUCUCAACGAUCCAGGUGGAAAUCUGAAUGUGGAAUUAACAGAUUCAUACGUAGAUUUGGGCAUUAAGCAAAUCAACAAGAAGACAAGAUUACAGAGUUGUUCAUUGAAUAAAGAAACAGACAAAGGACUUUCUAAAGAUGAAAUAAUUUUAGAGCUGAAGGUUGAAAUGGAGAGGAUAUUGAGCAGUAACAAAGCAAAGAGGAGCCGUGUUUCUCGCCUGCAAAAUGACCUUGAAGAUUGUCAUAAGACUAUACAAGAACUGAAGCAGCAGCUGGUAAAAUCAAACGCCAAAGGGAAAAACAUGGAGAGUCCAUCUGAUUCCACAGAGUGUCGUUCCUCCGAGGAGAUGCUGAGGCUCAAAAAGAAAAACCAGGAAUUGCAAGAGGAGAUUGAGAGUCAUAAUGCACGUAUUCAGGAACUUCUGGAAGGCAAGGAGCAUCUGAAAAAUGCAAACCAAGAUCUGUGCAGUCAAAUGAGGCAGAUGAUCCAAGACUCUGAUCGGGAUAAACAAGAAGCCCUCGACAGGUGUGAAAGAACCUAUAGGCAACAUUAUGAAGACACGAAGAAAAAGCUUCUGGAGGAGACGGCAGGAAAACAUGCCGCAGAGAAAGAAAAACUCAUCCACGCAUACGAAGAGAACAUUGCUCAGUUAAAGUUGGACAUUGAUGACCUGAACAAAGAGAUGAUUGUAGUGAAAGAAUGUUACCUCGCCGUCUGCAAGGAGAAAGAUGAGCAGGCUGCUCUUCUGAAAUCAGCAUUUGAACGAGAGCAGCAGCAGAGGGAGGAAAAGUUACUGGUGGAAAAAGAGGAUUCUUUGAUCAGACUAAGGAACGAACUAGAAGAAACCUAUAAGAAUUCCAUGGAACUUACCAAGGACCAGUGGCAGAAGGAAAAAGAAGCCGACAUAAAGCAGCGUAUUGAUAGUGAAGUGGAACUUGCCAAAAACAUUUGGGAAAAAGAACAGAAAGAGGCCCAAGAGCAGGCUUGUCAGGAAGUUGAAAAAAAAUGGCAACAACGACUGGCCCAGGCUUUGGAAGAGACCAAGAGAGCCGCGGUGGAACUCAAAGAUCACGGUAGCCAGACGGAGGAAACCCUGCGCCAACUGGUUGCAGAGGCGGUAGAGGAGCAGACGGCAUUGUUUCGGGAGGCUCUGAAAGCAAAGGAAAAGUCGUUGAGGGAGCAUGAAGCGAACUAUCACGAGAGCAUUGCCACUCAGGUGGAAUUAGCACUGACGAAAGCUCGCGCGUUGUGGCUGCAAGAACUUACGGAUCUUGAGGAGUACAAAAAUCACCUGAAGGCUGCCAAAGAAAAGUGGGAGAAGGAAUCUGAAAUCAGCACAGCGGAAAAGAAAAGUGAAGAUCUGGGCUCUGAUUUCAAAGAUUCGGAUGACUCUUGCAUGCAGAACGGUGAAGGGGAGCCUGGAGACAAAUUCAUACGUUCCAUGUAUAACGUUGGGCAGCAAGUGGAAAUCCAACGGAUGCUAAGAAAACACCCAUCUUUACAGGAGACUGAAAUAGAUUUUGAUUGUAGAUGUAAAAAGAAAAAUAUGUUGUCGCAAGCCGAGAUAUGUUCUGAGCAUUUUCGACAGCAGCUAGAAAAAAAGGAAAAAGAAUGUGAGGAUCUGAAAAGGAAACUCGACAAAGCUUGCAAGCAUCUCCAGCUUGCAGUGAAGGAACAAAAAACAAAGUCUGAACAAGCUCAAGAGAAUGAAAAAAUUAUGAAAGCCCUCCUGGAAGAAAACUCUGCCAUGAAGAACCGACUUGAUGAUUUGAAAUGUGUCAAUAUUCCUCCCAGGUCGUCCUCAGAAGGCUGUAUCUCAAAGCCUUGUUGUUCGUGUGAUGGAAAAGCUUUGGGAGAGAUGCGUUCCCAGUAUCUGAAAACAGUGAGCAAAAUUAAAAGUGACAUGCUUCGUUACAUCCACGAAAGUAAGGAGAGAGCAGCAGAAAUUAUAAAAGCUGAAGUUUUAAGGGAACGGCAGGAGACCGCCCGAAAAAUGCGCAAAUAUUAUCUUAUCUGCCUUCAACAGCUUCUGGUUGAUAACGGCAAGCAUGACGGGGCUGAAAAGAAAAUAAUAUGUGCUGCUGGCAAAAUUGCUACAAUGGCUAAAAUAUUAGAAACUCCUGUUCGGAACUCAGCACUAAAUAAAACCCCGCACUCAGUUCUACCCCAAAACUCCAAAGCCGAAGAACCUAAAACAAGUUACAUUCAACAUUCUAAGUCCACCCCAAAAGAAAAUCAAACACACAAUGAAAGUGCGGGCAAAAGACACACACCUCGUAGCUUGCAACCGCAGCUUGAUGCUGAAAACGAGUCCCGCCUAGUUUCUCAAACCCAGCUGGCCAGGAAAGCUUUUAAGCAGCUGGAUGACCCCUCACUUAGUGCUGCGCCUGCAGAAGCAUUCAGCGAGGAAGAACCUGGAAACAAAGGUCUACCGUGUAGAGUUGGAACCUUCCAGAAUGCUUCCUCUUCUGUGUCUCAAGGAAAGCUUCAAAGUACUCACCCUGUUGCAGUGGAUGGUUUUGACUUUGGAACAGCUGGCGAAAAGUAUAAGUGCCUAAACGAAAGGCCUCGAAGAACAGAGGUUGGAUGUAGCCAGUCUAGACAGUGGAAGGUGACAACAUCUGGGAAAAUCCCAGGCUUUGAAGUCCAAGAAACCCCAGUAAGAGAUGAAGGCUCUUCUGUUGACUGGAGCUUAUUAUGCGAGACUCUUCAUGUCAACAAUAGCAGUGGCUUUCAGCAUCCUGUUCCAAAAAUAUAUUCCAGGGGGCCUCUAGACUCCCAUUCAGCCCUUCCCAUGACCAACACUCGUUCCGAGGUCAAGGAAGAGACUUCUAUUUUCUCACCCCGUCUCGGUGGACAUCACGAGAAGGAACUUAUCAAGAAUCAAAACGUACAUUGCACCGACGGCCAUAGGACCACGAAUUCAGGCUGUACAACGUUCGCAGACUUGGGCACCGGAGGUGCUGCUGGCGCCCAUCCGAACAACACUGUGCUGUGUCCUGCAGCCGGAAAAACCUAUAAUUCACUACAAUCCAGGAAACACAUACACAGGGUUAUGGACUGCCAACAAGACAGCGGCUUUGAGAGCCCACAGAUCAACUUUGAUUAAUCCCCAACAUCAGGAAACUCGGACCAAAGAGGAGAUACUUAAAUAUAUUUAAACGAAAGGUGUGAAGAACGCGUGUGGUGAUGGUCUUAACAGUGUUUUUGUUUAUUUCUUUUAUAUUUUGACCGUUACAUGUGGGCUUAACAUCCUAGGUGUCUGACAUUAUUGUUAUAGAUUGCUUCUCUGUGUGUAUGUGCGUGUUGGUGUGUGUGUGUUUCUUUAUACGGCGAAGGGUAAUAUUGAAUUGUGUCGCAGGGAAUUAUCUAUUUUUUCACUCGAGAUCAGUGUGCAGACCAAUGCAAAUUUUUUACAUUUUAUUUAUAUAAAAAUAAAGCAAAUACUUUGUGG